AUGCUCAACACCGAAAAGAAACUGGGAAGACGCCUCCUGUGUGUCUCUGGGCUGCAUCCCCAUUUCCCCCUCUUUCUCUUCCAGCCGGGAACGGAGCUUAAAACCUGCCAAGGCAGACCCUUGCAGGAAUCCGUCUCUGCAGAUCUGGACUUCGAUACGGACGUCACCCAGCUGGAGAGCUUUGCCUCGGCCGCAAAGCCUCUGAGCGCUUCUCCAGCUGGGGUCUCUCCUGCAAAGCUGCCCGGGUGGCCCGAGGUCUUCUCGGAGUGCGUGAAAACGGAAAAAGGGCGAGAAGGGGGGCGCAGUCAAGCAAAAGACCAGGAAACAGGCUUCGGCAGCGGGAGGACGUCGCCCCCGGGAAAGGACCCCCCGGAUUUGGAUAGUGAGGGAAACUCACCGGGUGAAGCUUUCGAGCCAAUGGAGAUGGACCCAGAGGGCGGAAGCCUCGCGUUGGCCAAAGAAAGAAAUCUGGACGGCAGCACCUCCAUCGCUUCUGCCGAUAAAAGUUGUACUAUCAGGGAAGGGGCAGCCGAAGACGUCCGAUCCCCUGCCCUGUCCUGUAGCAGCGACACGGAUGGGGAACAUCUGGUCAUUGACACAGAACGUGAGCCUGGCCACGGGUCUGAACCGGGCGCGCUCCCUUCCCACCCCAGCCCUGGGGCCUCUGCCCCUCCUUCCCCCAGCCCUGCACAGGCCCCCUCGGAAGAAGCAGCCGAGUCUUCGGAGACCCAUCCAAAGGCUUCUCCCUGCAGGCUUCACCCACGGUUAUCCCAGGAAACCGAUCCCCUGGGCCAGAUUUUGAAAAUGCAGACGAAGCUACUGAAGCCCCCUUCCCCAAACUCUCAGGGGCCCCUGCCGGUAACCAGUGAAGCGAGUUUGAAUCCUACCCACGGCCAGGCAGAUGCUCCUUCUCGUCCUUCGGCCUCUCCAGCUGUGGAGCCAGGGCAAAAUACUGCAGCAAACACAGGCACCUCCUCCAAGUUCACCUGGGCAACCUGUUACCAGGGGCCUCAGAAAGGGAUGCUGUGGGACGCAGUGGAAGAGGCGGCCGACUACCAGCCUCCCCAACACGGAAACCUGGUCUAUAAAUUGUACAGCUUGGAUGACAUGCUGCUGUUGGUGCGGACCACCAUCCAGAAAGUCGAGCUGAGACCCCAUCAGAAAAAGGCGAAGUUCAGGAGGGUCACAUCGAUGCCCUGACUUCCCAACUCUUCCUGCUGGAGCGGCUGACGGGGAAGACCUUAAGAAGACGAUUUGGCACAUUUAAUCCAACCAAUUCGUUGCAUAUUCUCCAAAACAUCUUGAAGAAAGUGGCUGGUUUGCAGGAGGGCUCCUUCCUUUUGACUCACCUGGCGGGAGACUCCUCAGUGUCCAUCUACAAGAGCUCGGAUGGAAUUGCCACGCGGGCAAUGUACAACCUGCACGCCGCUCACGCCGACCUGCCCCCCGCCCCGGCUGCCCUCUCUGUGCCCUGGGUGCCCCUGGACCCCAACAUCCCCCUGCAGCAUCACUUUGCCCAGGGCCGUGUCCCCUGCACCUUCCCACCCGUGGCAGACGGCGCCAGUACCACCAAGAUGAGCAGGAAAGCCAAAAGUUUCCCCGGCACGCCCGGCCACCGAGGCCCAAUCCCCACGGAACCCCUGCAGGCCGAGCCCCCGAGGAAGAAGCGUGGGGCUGCGCAGAACAAGGGCUCCCGGACGGCCAGUCAAGGCCCAGACCGGAAAUUCUGGAAAAAAGCCCGUCCCAACCAAGGACCCCCCCUGGCUUAAUGGCGAGCAGGAGCAGCCGUCUUCCUCCGCAAAAGGGCUUCUGUGAAUGAAGAAGGUGGUGGACAAUCCCAUCAAGCCGGGCAGGGUCGCCCCAAAACCUUUCCCCGGAUUCGGCACUCGAGAGGCGCAUCGGAGGGUUUUCUCCUGCCUUGAGAACGCCCGGAGCGACACGGGAAGGAGGGCAGCCAACUCUGGACGAUCCCAACCGCUUGUAUUUCGCCGUUUGUUCCCCGUAACGUUACUGGGCGAAAAGCAAGCCCUGCGGGAGCUUUCUGUUAAAAUGGGCAGUUGCAUUGAAGGAGUUCUGCUCCUUUUUGAGCAGCUGGAGCGGAGAUGUUGGUUUGAAUCUCCCUGCCCUUUUCUGCAGGAAUGUUAGGAAAACAGUUGUGGCCGCAGCCACGGACUGCUUUUAAGUUUAGAUUUUGUUUUUAGAGGUCCCUGGUGUUUUUUAAGGGUCUGCUAAGACUCAUCAUCCCUCGGUCCUUGGGCACCUCACGCCAUCAUCCAAAGCGCAAAUGCGUUUAGAUGUUUUGAGGGUUUAAAACAACCUUAGAAACUUUCAGACCUUCGAUUUAUUUUUAUUUAUUUCCUAUUUCAGAGGGUCAAAGUGAGUGCCGGGCUGGGUUUGAGCUUUUCAAAAUACAGUUUAAAUCCCCCAGUUGUUGAUUUCUAAUUUCUUUCCUUUAUUUUUUGGAUGUGUGUGAAACGCAAAUUUGAAUUUUGCUUGGGAUUUUUGCCCAGCUUGGCGCUGUUUUGCUGUUUUGUACGCCAAGCUAAUUAACCUUGGAGCCCGCGGUUGCAUGGCCGCAGUGGUGCAGUGCUCCUGCCCAAGGCGAGACCAGGGUGAAGUGGGCAGGGCAGCCUUGAUGUCAUGGCACAGAAAU